AUUGGAGUCUAACCUCCAAAUAAUAAAUGUAAACAGUAGUAAACAGAUCUCAGUAGAAAUGGUCAAACACAUGUUUCUAAUGAGUGUAUUUUAAUGAAAAAACAAUUAUAAUUUAUUAAAUAGACUCUAUGUUUUUACAAAAUUAGUGUUUAUUAAGUCAUAAUACUUGAAAAUAUUUUAACAUAUACAAUAACUUUGAUUUUAUAUUAUUAUUUAUAAUUUUAUAACCUAUAAACACGAUUUUAUAAUACCUAAAAAAUUGUACAAAUAUAAGAAAUUGUUAAAACAGUAUCAGAUUUUUACUUGGAACUGGUUUUGCAAAUUUCAAUGAAAUUUAAGAAUUAUUUAUAUCAAUAAAAAAAAUUCGACUUUACAAUUUACACGUACCUAAACAUUAAAAUUGUGUAAAAAAUUAUUAAAUAAUUGUUAUUGGAUUCAAUUUUUUAUUUUAUAUUAAAUAUUUAAAAAAUGAGUAAGAAUGAUAUUCUUAAAACUCUUCACGAAUUACUUAAACAAAAGUUAAGUGGAGAACUUGAUAGCACUGAUGAUUUACUAAAUGAUCAAGUUAAAUGGCGACAACAAUUGUAUUAUAAACAAUUGACAGAAUAUUUGACAAACUCUUGUGAACAGAUAAAACUAUCAACACUAUCACUUUUAGUGGAAUCAAAAAAAAGUACGCUAAGUUUUUCAGAAAAAGAAUUAAAUUUAAUAUUGACAUUUUUAAAAUUUAAUCUUGGAAAAAAAUUCGAAUUUAUUCCUUUAUUAAAAAAGGCGUUACAGCGAUUAAAUAAUAACACAGCAGUACUUGAAAGAAAUACACUUCAAUUAGAAAAAUUUGAAUCAAGUAUAAAGGGUGUAGAAAUAGACGAGCAUCAAGAAUUAUAUGCACAACGUAAAAAAGAAUACGAAAAAUUAGCAAAUGAUUCAUUUAAUUUAUUAAAAAUUUAUAAAUCAUUUUUCAUUGAUAUACGAAAAUUAUGUUUAAAUUCAAUAUUUAUUGGAGCUACACAUAUACGAAAAGAGAACAGUUUAUUAUUGUUACAAUUACAACAAGAAAUUUGGCAUUUCAAAGAUGAUAAUGAAAUUAAUGAAUGGACUGCUGAUCAAGCAAAUCAACUUUUUCAAUGUUUACUACUAGAUACAUACGAAACAAAUAAAAAUAUUGCUUUCAAAAUAAUCUCGAAAUUAAAACCGUCAAUUUUACAAUUAGACGAUGAAAAACAACUUGAAACUAUUUUAAAUGUAGCAUUUAAACUUGCCAAUAGCAUGCGACCAAUUGAUAGUAUUACCGCAGCUUAUAUGUUGAAAGUUUGUAUGAUGUCACCAAUUAUUGAAGAAAUAAUUGAAAUGCGAUGGAAUGUAAAAAGUAAAGGCGAUAUUACUUUGCAAUUAAUAAUGGUUCUCUUGCAGUAUUUAAAAAAACCAGUGGAAUUAAAUUAUGAUAAUAUUAUCCAAGUUGUCUCUAAAUAUUCUUUAUAUGGUUAUAUUUUCUGUAUAAAAACUUUAAUAUCUAGUUGCGAUUUCAAAAAAGUGCAUACCAAUGAUUGUCAGAAUAUUAUUACAGAUAUAAUUGACACUUGUUUAUAUUUGAACAAAGCAGUGUCGUCGGUGGUAAAUAAUUCUUCACCAGAAGGCCACUUUCCUAUGGAUAUGAAUAAAAAAUACUUGAAUAUUACUGAAGAUUUAUCUGAAAUAAAUAAAGUAACACCACAAAUGGUUUUAAUAUGCUCUUGGAGAACCGUUAAAGAAACAAGUCUACUUUUCGGUCAUCUUAUGAUUAAAUUACCUAUAAUUAAUAAUGAUUUGGAUAAAGGAUUGUUAACUAAUGAACAUAUUUUAAAAAUUGGAGAUCAUUUAGUUACCUUGCUUUGUGAAACAAAACAUAGAGGUGCUUUUGAACAAGCACAUGUAGGAUUCGAGCAGCUUUGUUCAAGAUUAUGGAAGCUUAAAGAUGAAAAGUUUAAUAAGCUGCCUAAGAUUUGGUUGUAUCAGUUGCUCAUAGCUAUUACCGGAUUAGCACCUGGAAAUUCUAAAUUGUGUGCUACCAGGCGAAGUGCUGGAGUACCAUUCAUGGUACAAGCAUUAGUAACAUCUGAUCCUUCUCUUAAAAAUAGAGAAGGAAUAGCUUUUCAUUCAAUAAUGAGAAUCCUUUUAAGUUUGACUAAAAUUGAAAAUGAAAAUGAAUUGCUAACGAUAGCAGAUAAAUUAAUUAAUCAAGAAUCAUUUUUUUCUGAUCUCAAAGAUUAUGAAGAAAUAAAUACAUAUAAAUAUUCUAGUGUUAUCAAUUCAGGAGAUGGUAAUAAUCGAGUGACAAUAAUUGAUUUAAAAACUCAUGUAUUAAAUAUCUUACGAGCCCUUUUUAAACAUGCUCAACUCCGAGAUUUAGCAGGAAUUUAUGCUGCUGAUGGAUUAAUUAUUGCUGUAAAAAAUUAUGAUAGUCAAACAUGGGCUGAGCGUAAUUCUGCUACUUUAUUAUUCAGUGCUUUAAUAACACGAAUUUUUGGUGUUCAAAGGACGAAAGAUUAUGUAAAUUUGACUGUUCAUAACAAAAUGACUGGACAAAUAUUUUUUGAAAAAUAUCCACAACUUUUAUCAUUUAUGCUUGAUGAAUUAAAAUUAUUUAUUCAUAAUGAAAACAAUGCUAUAAAGCCAAGUAUUCAGUCUAUUUUAUUAAUUUUGUCUCGUUUAUAUCUUAAUACAAAUAGCGAUAGAUCAAAUGCUAAUUGGAAGGUUGAUACAUUUGUAAAAUUUGUUUCUGCAUGCGCUAAAAGUGUCGUUUAUACAACACGUGAAUUAGCAGCAAGAGCUAUUGUUCCUUUACUUACAGAAAAAACCGUUUGCUCAUUUAUUAACGAUUUAUUUAAUGAUAUUGAAAUGGAAUCUAAAAAAUCUAUAUUACGUCAAUGGAAUUUAAUACAUGGUUAUCUUUUACAAAUAUUACAGAUAGUUCAAAGCAGUUUAUUUGUUACUUGCAAUCUGAAAGAAAUAAAAUUAAUAAAAUUCCUAACAAAUUCUACUUGGAUUAUAAAAAAGAGAUGCUGGUCUGCUUCUAAUUCCUUAUGUUAUCCAUUAGCAGCAGCAUAUAUUAAUGUUGUUCAUGAAUUUAUGAGAAUUUAUGAACAGAGAUCAAAAGAGAUUGAUUACAUUCCAUUUAAUGAAAUUCUUUCUGAAUCAAUCAUAUAUUUAAUUGAUGACAACCCGAAACAAUCAGUAGGGAAGGAAUUAUUCGAGUGUUCAAUAGUACAAUUUUUUAUUGAUUGGCAACGCAUCACAGAUUCUAAAGAUGUAUGUGAACUAGAAAAGUGGCUGAAAAUAUGGACCAAAAUCUUAUCUCAUUCCAAUACUCACGUACAAAUUUUAGGAUGGUUUAAUAUACAUGAAAUUAUUUAUAAAAAAUAUUAUAAAAGAUAUAAUAAUUCAUCACUUUUAAAUAGUAAUAUUCAAGAUGCAUUACUAUCAGUAGCUAUUGAUCAAGCAUUUAAUAAAAUCAAACAAGAUAUAUUUGAUAUUGAUCUCCAAACAGCAAUACAAGAAUUUUUAUACCAAGUUUAUACUGAAAAUGAACCAAAUGAUUUUUGUACAAAUCAAAUACAAUUUGAUAACGAUAUUUGUAUGACAAUUGUAGUUUUUAUUGAAAAGAGUAAUCAUAUUAGAGCUCCAAAUACAUUAAAAUUGCUGGGUAAAAUAUUUAAAAGAAUUUUAAAAUAUCCAGAUUCUACUGAAUGUGAUAAACGACUGUUUAUAGAUCGAUUAAGUAUAUUAAUCAAUGAAACUUUUUUUUAUAAUUCAUGGACAAGUACAUCGACACUAGAUUAUCGAUUAGCUAUUGCUCAUGUGAUCGGUGAUAUUUACAUUGACAUAAGUAUUAAUAAUUGGAGACCAUCUAGAGAGUGUCUUCUGGAUUGGUGGACAACAUUGUUAAAUUUGCUAGUCGAUGACAAUGCAGAAGUACGAGAAAUGGGAUUGUUAGCACUAUCUAAUUUAAAAGUUUUAAAAAAUGAUGAAAGCUAUAUUGAACCUUUAGAGAUGUUUUUUGAAACUUUUUUUAAUACUUUUGAUAAUGAAAGUGAUACACUAUUUGCUGCUUAUUUCUUUUGGAGCACAUCAUUAUCAGAUAAUGACUUUGAAAUGGACGAAAGUGAUGUUUUUAAUAAAUGUUUCAAUUAUGAAAUGUAUGAGCCAUUCCAAAUAUGUGAAUUGUGUAAUUGUUAUUUAAACAAAUUAUCCAAAAAUACAUGGAACUUUCCAUACAAUUUUUCUGAUGAUGUACAAAAAUGGUUAAGCAAAAGACUAGACAUACCGAUUUCAAAUUGUGUUAAUGUUCAUACACUUAUUUCAAUAUAUAAAACAAAAUUACCAUCAGUGACCAAUAAUUUAAAUGAAAUACUAGAUCCUAUGUAUAAUGAUAAAUUACUCAAUCAUUUAGCUUUUGAAAAAAUCACGACAUUUGUUGAUGCAAAUUAUGAUCAACAAUAAAUAAAU